AUGAACACCAUCAAAGUCGGCGACCAGGUGACCCUGCCGGAAGGCCAGCAGGGCAUGGUCCGAUUUGUUGGCCGAGUGGACAACAAGCCAGGCGAGUUUGCAGGUAUCGAACUGCUCAAGGGGUGGGAAUCACAUGGACGACACUCAGGAGUGUACGGAGGCGUGAGCUACUUCCGCACUGAAACCCCCAACACUGGUCUGUUCAUUUCGUAUCCGAAACUGGUUGCCCUGAACAACCACAGAGGCGGUACGAGCACCGUAGGCUCGUUGCCCGGAUCCCCCAUUUUUGCCACGCCAAAGGGCCGACCUAGUCAUAUUACUACUCCCCGAACAAUGCCCUUGCGCCACUCAAUGAUUCCCAGCUCGCCUAUCAGUGACCGGGGCGGUCCGUUCGAGUCUCCUUCUAAACGGCGGGUCUCUGGAGUAAUCAAAUCUCGAGUCAGCUCGGUCAACUCUACAGGCACCAUGAACACUUCUCUGAACAGCAGUAUCUCGGGUAUUUCCGAAACUAUGGCACCUUCCCAUGAACUCAAGGAGCUCAAGGAUGAGGUCGAGUCGCUCAAGAUGGCCAUCAGGGACAGAGAUGGAAUCAUUGAGGAGGCUGAGAGCUCGCUCAACCAAUUCUCGGAACUCGUGUCUCGAAAUGAGCAGCUGGUCAGCGAGCUCGAAAUGAAAGACAGAAAGAUCUCGGAUCUGCAGAACGACGUGUCCUCCAAACGACGCGAGUUCAGAGACACAAUUGACGCUCUGGAGGCCGAGUACAUGCACUCAUCACAGGAGUACCAAAAGGAGGUGGAGCAGCUCAGAGCCAACCUGGGACAUGCGCAUACCGUCAAUGAGACCAUUGUGGAAAUGGAGAGCAUGGUGGCCAGUCUCGAGAGCGGACUACGAAUCUCAAAGGUCAACGAGCAGGAGGCCAAGGAGAGGCUGGGGCUCAUGGCUGACAUUGAGAACCGUUUACUCGAAAAGGAACAGGAGCUGGCUGCCGUAAAGGAGCGUCUUGACAUUACAAAGGGCCAGCUUGGAGGAGGCGAUGGUGACUCAAAACUCAAGGAAGAAUUGGACGCUGUUAAGAAGGAGCUUGCUGAGUCGAAGCGGGAGCUUGAGGCUGCUAAGAAUGAGGUUACUUCCCAAAAGACUUUGUCGAGAGACAUGGGUGACUCUGAGGAGUUAGAAGAGGUCAAGAAGCAGCUUGCUGAGACCAAGAAGCAGCUGCAAGAGCUCCAGUCAGUUGAUGCCACUGACAUGUCUUCUGAAGUGGCUGACCUCAAGAAGGAGCUUGCCCAGACUCAAGAAAUGUCGCUCAACGAGCAGGACCAGAGCAUGAAGACCAUUGAUACUCUCCGAAAGCAGAUUUCGGAAAUGAAACAGCAGCUCAAGGAGAAGAAUGUUCAGCUUGGGGAACAUCAUGUUGGUGGGUCAUCUCCUACCAAAGAGCCUCAGGCUGAUAAGGGUCUGGCCAUUGCCAACAAGAAGAUUGCCAACCUCGAGAAAGAGAAGAUGUACCUUAGUGAGGAGGCCAACGAGAUUCGCUUCCAGAUGUCCGAGCUCAAAAAGAAGUUUUACGGUCUUGAAGAAGAGCUCCGAGAGGCCAAGGAGGCGUUAUCCAACAACUACAGCAACGAUACCAACGACAAGAAUGGCGCUUCUGAAGCUGGAAACGGAAGCGUUCACCUUGUGGACAAUGAGAAACAUAUCAAGCUUGCUCAGGACUACGACAAGCUGUUCGAGGAUCACAACAAGCUCACAGAAAAACAUGAGGAUCUUAGCUUGGAGCUGGAAGAUCUCAAACUGCAACUGGAGGAGUCUAAGCUCAUCGCUAAGGACUCCAAGGAUGCCGCUGAGACUGCUGCUCCCAACUCUAGUGCCGAGGCUGAAGUCAAGAUGCUGUCUGCUCAGGUCUCGGAGUUGAAGCAGAGUCUCGAUAAGGUGUCUUCUGCCAAACACAAGCUCUCCCAGGAGGUGGAGAAACUGGAAUCGGAACUGGAAACCAAGAUUCUCAAAGAGUAUGAGUUGGAAAAGGAGCUUGAAAAUGCGAAGCGAGCCAGCAAUCAAGGCGAUGGCUCUGUGCAUGUCGCUGGGGAUGACGGAGACCAUUCUCCGUCUACUCCAUCGAAAAACAGCGACCCUGCGGCUGGCCGAGAGCUAUGGUGCGGUCUCUGUGAGCGACCUGGUCAUGAGAGCAUUUCUUGUCCUUUUGAGAACGAAGAGUUUUAG